UCUCGCAUUGAUAUUAAAAAGCGCUGAAAUUCUCUCGUAUUUUUUUUCUCUGCCUAUUUCUCUCUCAGUGAGCGCUUAACUUUCAUGGUCUUGGAGCUCGAAACUGGCUCGAUUCUUCAUCGCUUCGAAACUCUGCAGGUAUUUUUUCGGCGUUAAUUCUUUCGAGGAUUUCAAAUGGAGAGAGAUUUCUUAGGUUUGAACUCGAAGAAUGACGCUAUGGCGUCGAGAGAAGAUUUCUCAGAUUCUUCUAAGAAUUCAGGCAUGCAGUGGGCAUUCUCAAACAAAGUUUCUGCUCUUCCCCAGUUGCUGUCUUUCAAGGCUGCUCAAGAUGAGAAGCAAAGGAAAAUUGUUGUUGAUCCAUUGGUCUCUUCUGACCUUUCAAAUCUUACCCAUAGGCCAUAUUCUUCUGUGAUUCAGAAGAAUGUAGUUCUAGAUAAGAAGGCUGGUAACCAGUAUGCAAUGGCGGUUUAUCCGUUCCAAAAUGGCGAGGCGAUUUCGGUACAUCGUUCACAAGAUGUGAAGAUGUUUCCCAUCUCGAACCAAACUAAAACUAACAAUGCUGUUCCUGUGGCUUUCAAUGUUCCGGUGUUUCAAUCCCAGUUGGUUUCUUCUGGCCAAGCUGUGGUUGGUUCCAAUGUUAACUUGCAGCCAUUUGGUGGUGUUCCAAUUGCGACCUCUGUUUCUGUUCCUUUCACGAGCUCGGUCAUCGGUAGCACUGAGCUAAGGAAUGCUUCGAAACCUCCAGGUUCAACGCCGCAGCUGACAAUCUUCUAUGCAGGAUCUGUUUGUGUUUAUAAUGAUGUAUCUCCUGAGAAGGCUCAGGCUAUAAUGCUUCUGGCUGGCACUGGAGGGCUGCCUCAAACAGAAAACAACGUACAUCCCAUCGGUCAAGUGAAGGCAUCAUUCCCCAACGAAAACUUCCAAGGAAUGCCACUCCUCGGCCUUUCAAGUCCGCCUUCUGUUGCACAUUCUAAGAGUCCUAAUGCAGGGUUAGGAUCUUGUAGUAAAAUUGAGCUACCUGCUGCACCAAAACGUAUACAAACCCCAGCAUCCCAUUCAAACUAUUCCGAACCUCCUAAGGAUGCUCGUUCCAUUGCACCGAUUACUACGACAUUCAUACCUGCAGCUGUGCCUCAGGCUCGAAAAGCAUCCUUGACUCGGUUUCUAGAGAAGCGCAAGGAACGGAUAAACACAUGCCCCUACAAUAUUGGAAAGAAAGCAUCAGACUGUUCAUCCACAACCUUGGAUCUGAUGGCCUGAUGUCUCUCUCGCUUUGGACAUACAAAAUCGGUUUGUCCUCCAUAUUAGAGAAUUGGAUAUAAAGCAAAAUUUGUCAAUCUGUUAGCUUAGAUUGAUUCUUGGUUUUGUUUUUUUUAUAUAAUUUUCUUUUGUUCAAUUGAAAAGCGCAGUUAGUUUCGAUUGAACAAUAUGUAACUUAGUUGCUCCAUGUUUAUGUAAAAUAUUGCUUUUUAUUUACACCCAGAGAAAAAAAAAUGGGAUGAUAUUUUGUAUGUAAAACUAUUCUGAAUGAUUCUAUAUUGUUCUUUCCUCUA